UUUGGUGGACAUUUAGAGAAUUCCGCUCGUCACAAGGAAACGUGAAACAACGAGAAAGAAAGAAAUUCAUAAUAUAUUCGAUCUACGCAUGGGGAAGCGCAUCUAUCCUUACUAUUAUUUGUGGUAUCAUGGAUUUUGUUCCCAGCGUGCCGAGAAAUCUUAUCCGACCGGAAUUAGGCGUCAGAAGUUGUUGGUUAUCUACAAAACCAGCGAAAACAUUAUACUUUUACGGACCUAUGGGUAUUACUGUUAUUUGCAACAUUUGUUUAUUUAUCUCUACAGCAUUGAAAAUCGUGGACCACAGAAAAAACACAGCUCAUCAUCUGAGAGGUUUGGAAAAUCGGCGUCAUAAAGAAAAUAAGCAAUGGUUCAAUUUGUAUUUAAAAUUGUUUAUCGUAAUGGGUAUAAGUUGGUCUAUGGAAAUAGUGUCAUGGCUGUUCGACAGUGUGCCGCAGUACGUCUGGUAUCUUACUGAUUUGAUAAAUGUCCUGCAAGGUCUCAAUUUUAUAAUUUUUGUGUGGAAGAAAAAAAUUAAGCGAUUGUUGCUGAAGCGAUUUGGUUGCCAAAAACUAGAAACUUCCAAGACACUUGAUGUGCACAAUAAUUACUAAAGCUUAUAUAUAUUAGUACCACU